CUCCCUCGUUCAUUCCACCUCUUAUCUUCUAUCGUCGUAUAAAUAUUCCUAGCCUCUUCCAACCUUAGCUGCUACUUCUACCCCUUCUUCUACAUACUUCUCUUUCCUUUGCUGUUGCUGAUUAUGUCUCUUUUCCAGAGCAACACUUUGUUUCUCUGGCUCUGUUUUUCCUCACUCCUCUUUACCCUCUCCACCCAGGAAAAGGAAAAGCAGCACGCCUCCACCUCCAUCUCCCUUUCAUUCCCACUCAAAACGGUUCGUCUUGGUUCCUCCCCCAAUGCUUCCGCCACUUUCCGGAAUUCUCUUCUUUUGAAAUUCAGGCGGAACCCGAGGCUCAAAGCGGCGUCGUAUAACUACAAGCUGUCGUUUCAGUAUUCGAUGGCUUUGAUCGUUUCUCUCCCUAUUGGAACUCCGCCGCAGACCCAAGAAAUGGUUUUGGAUACCGGGAGCCAGCUUUCUUGGAUUAAAUGCCACAUGAAGGCUCCCAAGAGAUUCCCUCCAACGCCGCCGUUUGAUCCCUCUCGAUCUUCUACUUUCUCCGUUUUGCCUUGUACUAACCCUAUUUGCAAGCCUCGAGUUCCCGAUUUUACUCUCCCGACAACCUGUGACCAGAAUCGCUUCUGCCACUACUCUUACUUCUACGCUGACGGAACCUUCGCCGAAGGUAAUCUAGUCAGAGAAAAGUUCACAUUCUCUCCUUCCGUAAGUACGCCUCCUUUUAUCCUUGGAUGCGCCAAGGACCCGAGCGACACCAAGGGCAUUUUGGGAAUGAAUCUUGGUCGCCUCUCUUUUGCUUCCCAGGCAAAAAUUACCAAGUUCUCGUACUGCGUGCCGACCCGGAAAACCAAACCCGGUUCUUUCCCGACCGGGUCGUUUUACCUGGGUAAUAACCCCAACUCUCGUUGGUUCAAAUACGUCGACCUGUUGACUUUUCCAAAAAGUCAACGCGCGCCGAACUUGGAUCCAUUGGCUUUUACACUCCCGAUGCAGGGGAUUCGAAUAGGCGCUAAAAAGCUAAACAUUCCACCCUCAGUGUUUCGACCCGAUCCAAGCGGUUCAGGUCAAACUAUGAUUGAUUCGGGCUCCGACUUCACAUUCCUGGUGGACGAAGCAUAUAACACGUUGAGGGAGGAAAUUGUGAGACGGGUGGGACCGAAGAUGAAGAGGGGAUACGUGUACGCAGGAGUGACUGACAUGUGUUUUCAAGGAGCAAACACAGCCGAGAUCGAACGGCUUGUGGGCGAUAUGGUUUUCGAGUUCGAUAAAGGAGUGGAAAUAGUGGCGCCAAAGGAGCGAAUCCUGGCAGAUGUCGGGGGUGGGAUCCAUUGCCUGGCUAUCGGGCGGUCCAACAUAUUGGGAGCUGCGAGCAAUAUUAUCGGCAACUUUCAUCAGCAAAAUCUAUGGGUGGAAUUUGAUCUGGUGAGGCGCAAAGUUGGGUUCGGUAAGGCUGUCUGUAGCCGCAGUUCUGUAUAGGACAGUGAAUACUGAUCAAUGAAUAUGCAUUGCUGGGAAAAGACUCUGAUCUAAAUUACAAAAAAUAAUACCGGUGCUCAAGUGGGACCGAAUCCGACGGUUGCUUACGUCGAUCUAUUGUAAUAUUAGACGGUAUGGAGGUGAAGAUUCUUAUAAGGUUUGAGAUCAUCCACGAGAGUUUAGGCUUUCAGAUACCUACAUGAAUCGUUGUAUGAUAUGUUGAGACUAAUGUAUAUACGAGGAUAUUUGAAUAUAAGAAUAGCUACUAAUAUGUUAUUGAA